AAGGAAGCCACUCUCAUACUAUCAAGCUCUGUCCUUUGUUCUUGGCUUCUUUCUUCUCCUUGUUUUCCCAACAGCUCUCCUCAACCACCCCCCAAAGAAAAAGUCCUUGUCAAUCUUCACGUCUCCCUGAAAGGUUCCAACCUCCACAUUGGGCACUCUUGGGAAGUAGUAUAUCUUUCAAGUAAGUAAAAUGGCAUCCGGUGAAGCCUCCAUCAAUGUUCAUGAUCAUGGCAAAGCUGUGGAUGGGAAAAAGCAGAGAGUCCAAUGCAAUUAUUGUGGGAAAGAGAUGAGUGGCUUUUUCCGUCUCAAGUACCACUUGGGAGGUGUACGUGGAGAUGUGAUACCUUGUGAAAUGGUUUCAGAAGAUGUGAGAGAGCUGUUCAAAAACAUGUUACCAGAAAAAGGUGGACGUCUCAGCCAAGAAGUCAGAGAUCUGUCUCGACAAGAUCUUCCCUGGAAGAGGAAUGGGUGCCCCAAUUCAAGUGUUGCCAAGAAAAUGAGGCGUCAAAGUUGUACAUCUUCUGGUAGUAGGAGUGGAGAGGAUGAAAUUACAGAUCCUAUGUCAGAAGAUAAUGUGAAAGAACCUGCAAUUCUUCCCAGCGCAAGGAUAGUUUCACCAAGUGCUGUUACCAGUGACCCAAAAGAAGAGUCAUCGGGUCAGCAAAACAAAAGAUGCAUUGGUAGAUUUUUCUAUGAAACAGGCAUCGAUCUUACGCUUGUGAACUCUCCAAGCUUUCAAAGGAUGAUAAAUGAUACCCAUGGUCCUGGUCAGACAAAUUAUAAGAUCCCCAGCUGUCAGGAACUGAAAGGGUGGAUUCUUAAGGAUGAAGUAAAGGAAAUGCAAGAAUAUGUGAAGAAGAUAAGGCAGUCAUGGGCAAGCUCUGGAUGCAGCAUCCUGUUGGAUGGAUGGAUUGAUGAAAAAGGUCGAAACUUGGUUAGUUUUAUUGUGGAUUGCCCACAAGGCCCAAUUUAUCUUCAUUCUUCAGAUGUUUCAGCCUCCGUUGAUGAUGUUGGCGCAUUGCAGUUGUUAUUCGAUAGAGUUAUUGAUGAGGUUGGGGUUGAAAAUGUAGUUCAAAUCAUUGCCUUUUCUACAGAAGGUUGGGUGGGAGCUGUAGGCAAGCAGUUCAUGGACAGGUCCAAGACAGUGUUUUGGACUGUUAAUGCAUCUCAUUGCAUUGAGCUCAUGUUAGAAAAGAUUGCGAUGAUGGGUGAGAUCAGAGGGACACUAGAAAACGCCAGGACCAUCUCAAAGUUCAUUCAUGGCCAUUUGACCGUGUUAAACCUUUUGAGAGAUUAUACUGAUGGUCAUGAUCUUAUUAAACCUACCAAGGUAAGGUCGGCAAUGCCUUUUGUGACUCUGGAGAAUAUUGUAGCAGAAAAGAAAAACUUGAAGGCUAUGUUUGCGUCAUCUCAGUGGAACACCUCAGCAUGGGCUUCUAGAGCAGAGGGGAAGAGGGUGGCAGACUUGGUGGGGGAUCCUUCAUUCUGGAAAGGAGCUGGAAUGGUUGUAAAGACAGCUCUACCUCUUAUACGUGUUCUGUGUUUGAUCAAUGGGGAUGAUAAACCGCAAAUGGGAUAUAUAUAUGAAACCAUGGAUCAGAUGAAGGAGACUAUUAAGAAGGAAUGCAAUAGCAAGGAAUCCCAGUACAUGCCCUUUUGGGAACUGAUUGAUGAGAUCUGGGAUGGGCAUCUCCAUAGCCCCCUCCAUGCUGCUGGUCAUUUUUUAAAUCCAAGUCUUUUCUAUUCAACUGAUUUCCAAAGUGACUCUGAAGUUGCCUUUGGCCUGUUAUGUUGUAUGGUCCGUAUGAUUCAAAGUCAGCCAAUUCAAGAUAAAAUCGUACAACAGCUUGAAGCGUAUAGAAAUUCUGAAGGUGCUUUCGCAGAGGGGAGUACCUUUGAGCAAAGAACCAGAUUCUCUUCUACCAUGUGGUGGUCUAUAUAUGGAGGACAGUACCCGGAGCUGCAGCGAUUUGCCACCAGAAUUUUGAGCCAGACUUGUGUUGGUGCUUCAAAAUACAAGCUCAACAGGAGUUUAGUGCAGAAGCUGCUGACAGGGGGAAGGAAUCCUGUUGAGCAACAACUAUUAGGCGACCUGAUAUUUGUUCAGUACAAUUUGCAACUGCAGCAGCAGCAGCGUUCUCUAUUCGGCGCGAACUAUGACAUUGCUGGUGAUGAGAUAGAUCCAAUGGAUGAGUGGAUAGUAGAUGAUACACCAGAGAUUGGGUCCCAAAAUGGUGAUUCAGCUUGGAAGGACUUGGAUGGUGAUGUUGAUGGAGGAAGACCUUCAUCUCAAGUCAAGGAAGAGUCCGGACAAGUGUAAAGACAUAAGGACUCGAAGAAAGGACAAUAUUGAAUCUAUCAUGAGAAUGUAAUUUAAACCCUUAUUGGCUGUUGAACUGAAUGAUCUAAGACCUCUCUCUCUGUCUCUCUGCUUCUGCUAUUAACCUUUUCUUUAUUGGUAAAAA